CUCAUUGUUUACUUUUUGGAGAUGAUGCCUUUUGAAUUGUUAGUCUUGGUUACUCACAGGCUAGAUAUUUUGAGUGUGAACCAAAAUCAAAAAUAGUUUGUUCUUCAAGAUACUCAUCCAUUUUUACUAAAUUUGAUUGGUGCAGAACAUUUCCCUAGAAUAACUCACGAUGGCUUACUACAAAGGAGCUGCAAGCGAAGGCGGAAGGGCCAUGCAAUUGAUGAAAAAGCGAGAAAUUGCCCAGCAGGAAAUCGAAUUCCGCAAGAAAAAGAUCGAGGAGGACUUAAAAGUAAGCAACAUCGAAAGUAAGUUUGCCACUCAUUACGAUGCCGUAGAACAACAGCUCAAAACCUCGACCAUCGGUUUGGUCACUCUGGAUGAGAUGAAACAAAAGCAAGAGGACAUUGUCCGGGAACGCGAGAAGAAAUUGGCUCAGAAGAAAGAGGAAAAGGAUCGGGAGAAGCUUAAAGCACUAGAAGCCAAACAGGCGGAAAAGGAUAGACAGCGGAAGCAGAUCCAAGCACUUUCAUUCAAUCCAGAAGAGGACGAGGAAUCUUUCGAUGACGAAGAUGAAGAGGAACCGUUGGAGAUUAAACCUCAUAAAUGGCAAACGGAAGAAUGCACAGAGCCAAGAAUUAAGAAGAUUAAGAAAAAUCCAGACGUAGACACUUCUUUCUUACCGGACAGGGAGCGCGAAGAAAUGGACAAUAAGCUAAGGGAGGAACUGCGCCAAGAAUGGGCCAUGAAACAGGCCACGCUUAAGGAUCAAGAAAUUCCCAUCACAUUCAGUUACUGGGACGGAUCCGGACACAGAAAGUGCGUUACGAUGAAGAAAGGCAAUUCCAUUUAUCAGUUUUUGCAGAAAUGUCUGGAAAUGCUUCGGAAAGAAUUCAGCGAACUAAAGACGGUGAUGGCGGACCAACUGAUGUACGUGAAGGAAGAUUUGAUCCUUCCCCAUCAUUACACGUUCUACGAUUUCAUCGUUACGAAGGCCCGCGGAAAAAGUGGUCCGCUGUUCAGUUUUGAUGUCAAAGAUGACAUUCGUAUGAUCAGCGAUGCCAGUGUCGAGAAAGAAGAAACCCAUGCCGGAAAGGUGUUGUUGCGUUCAUGGUACGAAAGAAAUAAGCACAUUUUCCCUGCAUCUCGCUGGGAACCAUACGAUCCCACAAAAGUCUAUGAUAAAUAUACUAUUAAGGACAAGUGCAAGAAGUAAAUUAGCAUGUAAAGUUGAAAUCUAAUAAAAUAUAACCGAAUAUUUAUACUAAUUUAUUA